AUGAUACCAAUAUCUAAAUAUUCUAAUCCUAAUACUAGAGAAAUAUUUAGUCUUGGAGUUAUUACGUUCCUUGCAUUAUUAUUAUGGUUAUGUUCUUUAUUCAAUACUAAUUGGCAAUCUUAUACAUAUCAAACCAGUACAUUAGGAUAUAUAGAAUUUAAUUUAUCCUUGUGGGGAUUUAAUAUAAAUUCAAAUUGCAGAAAUCUGAAUAUAUGGUCUCCAAAUAGUAAUAAUUUAAUUUCUAAUGGAAGUAUUAUGGGAAGUGGAGUAAAUGAGUUUAUCUGUGAUAAGUUGAAAUUCAUGAAUAACAAUACAUUUAGUAAGACUGCCCAAAUGAUUUGUUCUAUAAAUAAAGUUAACUUUCCAAAUUCACAAGCAGCUUGUUACAAUUUUGAGAUGUUAAAUCUUGGAUCACUUAUUAUGAUUGGAGGAAUAACUGCUAUUAUUAUGUGUAUAUUAUUUGGCUUGGGUUUAUUUUGUUUAUCUAAAAUAUCAAAUCCGGUGAUGAUGUCCUAUGCAUAUACAAGUUUAUUUGGAUGUGCUAAUUUAAUAGCAAUUAUAGUGCUGCCACUAUACUACAUAAAUGCAGGAGGUGCUUGGAUUGCAAUAAAUUCACUUUUUAGUACUGUAAAUUUUGGUUAUAAGGAAUUUACUUAUAAGACACCUUUUGUGUCAGAUAUACAAUUUUUUUGGGGGUAUUUUUUCGCUAUUUUAGCUUUUAUUGUAUCUAUAUUGCUCCCAUUAUUUGGAUGUUACUUUACAUCAACUUUAAAUGAGAAUAUCCUUCCCCAAUAUUCUUAUAAAAAAUUAAAUAAUAGAUAUCAAAUAUGA